AUGGAACCAAGAUCAAGAGAAACUACUCCUACAAAAGAGGAUUUGGAUUUUAUAGUUGAUGAUGGUUAUAAACAUGAUGAGGAUCCAGAUUAUAUUCCAAAAGAAAAAUAUAUAGUUACUGGUCCUGAGUUUAAGAGAUUAACCAGAAAUGCUAAAAAACUUGGUGCAGAAUCACUUGAUUAUUCAACCCGAAAAAAUAACAAAUACAUGGCAACACUUCCAGGUGGAAAGAAAGUUCACUUUGGUUCACCAAAAUAUCCAGACUACACUAUUCACAAAGAUAAAGAGCGAAGAGAUAAAUAUCUUUCUAGAGCUACAAAGAUAAAAAAUAAACAGGGAGAAUUAACUUAUAAUAAUCCAGAAUCAUCAAACUAUUGGAGUGUUCAUCUUCUCUGGCCUAAAAAAUAAAAUUGAUUUAUGAUUUAAAGAUUAACUAAAUAUUAAUAAAAUGCAGUUGUCAAGUUACGAAAAUAUUACCCAAGAGAAUAUUAUCUUUAAUGAAGCCAAAGAGUACAAAGUCAAAGAUAGCAAGAUUAAAUACAAACGUAUUCCAAUUGAAGUCAAAUAUCCAAAUAACAAAAAAGGACCACUUGUAGUUGAAUCUCCAGUUCUUUUUAGUUUUGGUGUUAAUGAAAAGAAAAAUCAAGAAACAGGUAAAUUAGUUGGUUAUAGUAUUCCAGUAUGUCUUUGGUCUAAAGAUAGUGAACCUAGUAAUAAAGAAAAAGCAUUUUUUGAUGUUAUUAAUAAUGUAACAACUCUAUCUCAGCAACAUUUAGAGAAUGAAUAUGGACCAGAUCUAGCAUCAUCUCUAUCUUCACCAUUUUACUAUAAACAAAUAGAAUUCACAGACAAGAAAGGAAAAAAGAGAACAAAAGUUGAUGAAUCAUCAGCUCCAGUUCUUUACGCAAAACUUAUUUACUCAGAAAAAUCAAAGAAAAUAUUAUCUUUGUUUAAGGGAAAAGGGGGAAGGGAUUUAAAUCCUUUUAAAUCUAUCAAUCAGUACUGCAAUGUUAAAUUAGCAUUGAUAAUUGAAGGAAUUUUUAUAAGUAAGACUGUAACAUCAUUACAAAUAAAAGUACACGAGUGCUAUGUUAAACAAUUAGAACCUAGAAAGAGUUUACUUACAAUUGAUGAAAAAAGUAGUGAUAAUGAUAGUGAUAGUGAUAGUAAAGGUGAAGAGAUAACUGAUCAAGUAGUUGAAGACUUACUUUCAUCUGAUAAAGAAGAAAAUGAGUAA